AUGCUCUCCGGAGAGUGUGAAGAAACUGAAUGGCGCCCAUCGAGACGCACCGCAAAAGAUCACUCUGCUUCGCCAGGCGAAAUAGGCAAAAGAUCACGUAGAGUGGGAAAGGAAUAUUCGCUUUUUCUCGGUCUCUUCCCGGUUCCCGAAAACGUAGUGUGCUUUCAGCGAGAUGUACUCAUUCGAGGUGGAAACGCUGUAGAUGCGGCGAUUGCCACCGUAAUCUGCGAAGGAGGCCUUCGACCUCACGCGACUGGUUUUGGUGGAGGACUGGUGAUGCUUCUACACGAUCGAAAUAAAAACGAAACGAUAGUGAUCAGUGCGUAUUCAGCAGCUCCACGAAGUGCUACAGAAGAAACUUUUAUUGUCAAUCCAGCUUUAGCUGAAAUUGGUUCGUGUACUUCUGGCGUUAUCUGCGGACUUCAGAAAAGGCCAGGUUCAAUGGAAACCUGGAAUAUAAAUAUAACAUCAGUUUUGUCUAGGAUAUUCUUCAAUCGCGACUCCGGGGUUCUUGCAUGGGAUUUGGACGGCAUUCAAGAGAUAUGGGUCCUGAAGAAGUUCAUUUUAGACAGCGCUCUAAUUGUGAUCCCUCAUACUGAGGUAUUAUUCCGUGAUCCGAUUCACGCUGCAUUUCUUCGCCGAUUCGCUAUUGCUCGGGACCCUGUGGAGUUGUUCUACAGAGGCGAUAUUGCUAAUCAAAUCAUCCACGAAAUGAAACAACGUGAAAUUGGAGGAGUGAUCAUCGUUUACAUGAAUCAUUCAAAGUGUUGUAAUCCAAAAGUAGGAGAUAAUUUGUCAAGUCAGGAGGAAAAAUUUGUGCCGUAUUAUCUAAGUAGAUUUUCUCUUCAAGUGACCUGA